UCUGGGAAUAUACCAAUUCAGGGAAUAAAAAUCCUGUGGACCACACAAGCACCAUGAAGAUUACCUCCCUGCUGAUAUUUAAUGCGAGAGUCAGGUGCACCGUGAGGCUUCUACUGCUGCUAUUACACUGUGUGGGAUAUUCUCAUGGGAUGCCACACGUCCUGAGAUUUGGGGGGAUAUUUGAGUCCAUUGAAAGCGGCCCAUCAGGUGCUGAGGAACUAGCCUUUAAAUUUGCUUUAAACACAAUCAACAGGAACAGAACUCUACUGCCAAACACCACACUCACCUACGACAUCCAAAGGAUAAACAUCUAUGACAGCUUUGAAGCCUCGAGGAAAGCUUGUGACCAGCUUUCUCUGGGAGUGGCAGCCAUCUUUGGUCCCUCUCACAGUUCCUCUGCCAAUGCGGUCCAGUCCAUUUGCAAUGCCCUGGGGGUGCCACACAUCCAGACCAAGUGGAAGCACCAGGUAUCGGACAACAGAGAUGUCUUCUAUGUUAGCCUCUAUCCAGACUUCUCUUCCCUCAGCCGGGCCAUCCUGGACCUGGUCCACUUCUUCAAGUGGAAGACAGUCACUGUCGUUUAUGAUGACAGCACUGGUCUGAUUCGGUUGCAAGAACUUAUAAAGGCGCCUUCCCGGUACAACAUCCGGCUAAAGAUCCGGCAACUGCCUGCAGAGACCAAGGAUGCCAAGCCGCUGUUAAAGGAAAUGAAGAGAGGGAAGGAGUUUCACAUCAUCUUCGACUGUGGCCAUGAAAUGGCUGCUGGGAUCCUGAAGCAGGCUCUCGCCAUGGGGAUGAUGACAGAGUAUUAUCACUAUAUCUUCACCACACUGGAUCUGUUUGCACUGGAUGUGGAGCCUUACCGAUACAGUGGUGUGAACAUGACAGGCUUCAGGAUCCUCAACACAGAGAACAGCCAGGUGGCUUCCAUCAUUGAGAAAUGGUCCAUGGAGCGACUUCAGGCUCCACCCAAACCUGACUCUGGUCUACUGGACGGCUUCAUGACUACGGACGCCGCACUGAUGUACGAUGCUGUACACGUGGUGGCCGUGGCUGUGCAGCAGUCUCAGCAGAUCACUGUCAGCUCAUUACAGUGCAACCGACACAAGCCAUGGCGCUUCGGGAACCGCUUCAUGGCCCUCAUCAAAGAGGCCCACUGGGAUGGCCUGACCGGGAGAAUCACUUUCAACCGGACCAAUGGAUUGAGGACAGACUUCGACCUUGAUGUCAUCAGUCUGAAGGAGGAGGGGCUUGAGAAGAUUGGUACCUGGGACCCUCCAAGUGGCCUGAACAUGACCGACAACCAGAAGAGGAAGACGACUGAUGUCUCUGAUUCCUUAUCCAAUCGAUCCCUGAUUGUCUCCACAAUACUGGAAGAGCCAUACGUGAUGUUCAAGAAAUCUGACAAGCCGCUGUACGGGAACGACCGCUUCGAGGGCUAUUGCAUAGACCUGGUGAGAGAGCUGGCCAACAUCCUGGGCUUCACUUACGAGGUUCGCCUGGUGGAAGACGGAAAAUAUGGCGCCCCGGAUGAGAACACAGGCCAGUGGAAUGGCAUAGUCAGGGAGCUACUGGAGCACAGAGCUGAUCUGGCGGUGGCUCCCCUCGCCAUCACAUAUGCGCGCGAGAAGGUUAUCGACUUCUCCAAGCCCUUCAUGACGCUGGGUAUAAGUAUACUGUACCGCAAGCCCAACGGGACCAACCCUGGGGUCUUCUCCUUCCUCAACCCCCUCUCGCCCGAUAUCUGGAUGUAUAUUCUGCUGGCUUACUUGGGUGUCAGUUGUGUGCUGUUUGUCAUAGCCAGGUUUAGUCCCUACGAGUGGUAUAACCCCCACCCUUGCAACCCUGACUCGGAUGUAGUGGAAAACAAUUUCACCCUGCUAAAUAGUUUCUGGUUCGGAGUUGGAGCUCUCAUGCAGCAAGGAUCUGAGCUCAUGCCGAAAGCCCUCUCCACCAGAAUUGUAGGAGGAAUCUGGUGGUUUUUCACGCUCAUCAUCAUCUCCUCCUACACGGCAAACCUGGCUGCCUUUCUCACCGUGGAGAGGAUGGAGUCGCCCAUCGACUCUGCUGACGACCUGGCCAAGCAGACCAAAAUAGAAUACGGGGUGGUAGAGGAUGGCUCCACCAUGACCUUCUUCAAGAAAACCAAGAUCUCCACAUAUGAUAAGAUGUGGGAGUUCAUGAGCAGUCGGAGGCACUCAGUGAUGGUGAAGAACAUUGAGGAAGGCAUUCACCGUGUGCUCACCUCGGACUACGCGUUCCUCAUGGAGUCCACCACCAUCGAGUUCGUCACGCAGCGCAACUGCAACCUCACCCAAAUUGGAGGCCUCAUUGAUUCUAAAGCCUACGGGGUUGGCACCCCAAUGGGAUCUCCGUACAGAGAUUCGAUCAAUAUUGCCAUCCUGAAGCUUCAGGAGGACGGGAAGCUGCACAUGAUGAAGGAGAAAUGGUGGAGAGGAAACGGCUGUCCGGAGGAGGAGAGUAAGGAGGCCAGCGCCCUCGGGGUGCAGAACAUCGGAGGGAUCUUCAUCGUACUGGCUGGUGGUCUCGUCCUCUCCGUGUUCGUGGCCGUGGGAGAGUUCCUCUACAAGUCCAAACAGAAUGCACAACUUGAAAAGGCCCAAUGGCGACAACGAGAUAAGAAACAGAUCCUUCUGCAGCGCCAUGGUGGACGAGCUGCGGGUUUCCCUCAAGUGCCAGCGCCGGCUCAAACACAAGCCCCAGCCGCCUGUCAUGGUGAAAACGGAGGAGGUCAUCAACAUGCACACCUUCAACGACCGCAGACUGCCAGGGAAAGAGACCAUGGCCUAAAAUGGGAAUCUCAAUCACUUUUUCACCCUCUCUCCUGCGGUGAGGAGGUGUGCCGAGACACUGGGGAAAAGGGUGGGGGUAAAUGGUAAGGGCGUUGUAAUGGGGUUGUAAUGGUUCACAGUUGGGUCAUUUCAAAUGUAGAGCAGAGGUGCUUGGGAGUAUAUUGACAAAAUGUCAUUCUUGUUUCUUUAUAAAUAGCUAGGGAUAAGAGAUUCAACAAUAUUUCCUGUGGAAAUAACUUGAACCUGGGUGAAAUUUCAGCAAGUUACCUCAUUACUCUUACUACCUUGGCAAGCUACAGGUGCCAGGAUGUACAAAACCCAGGAGUUGAAGAGUCUGGAAAUAAAUUCAACUAAGGUAAUAAGGUGGGACAGAGGUGGUCCCUCAAAAAUAAGGAAAGAAAAAAGCAAAAAGAGACCAAAAAAAAAAAAAAAGAAAAGAAUUGGACCUAUCACAUCUUUAGCUGCUGCUCAGUCAGUCUUUCACCGCACAGCUCAAAAGAGGCUGGUCGAGCAGCAUCAGGAGCAUCUCAGAGAUUAUAAGUGAAUAUAUAGAUGCUAACUGGGGGAAUGGGUAGAAAAGUUUGUAAAGGAUUGUUUAUUUUCAGAAGUUGUGAAUAGAAUGAGUGAGUGGGCUCUUGACUUAUUUAAACCCAAAGCCCUGAAGAUCACGGCGAGCCCAGAUGCUCCCAAAAUGUAUAGAGAGGCAUUGCUUAGUCACAUAUGAUAUUGAUCAACAUCAAAAAUGGAUACACUGUAUAUCAUCCAUCAGGCAAUAAGUGAUUAUUUGUG